CUGAAGUGCACUGAUAGUGCACUGAUAGGUGGCACUGACUGCCACUGAUGGGUGACACUGACGGGCAGCUCAGAUGGGCACUGAUAUGUGGCAUUGAUGUGGCACUGAUGGGCACUGGCACUGUUUAGCACUGACAGCUGGCACUGAUGGAUACUGACAGGUGGCACUUCUGGGGCCACACUGAUCAGCAGGGCACACUGAUCAUCAGUGCCCUGAUGAUCAGUGAGAGAAAUGCCGAUAACCGGCAUUUCCGUGUUUACAUGUGAUCA